GACCCAUAUAUAUACCUAUCAUAAGAGCAGGCCCGGCGACAUUGACAUUAAGUUCUUUUGAAGGUUUAGAUAAGGUACGGGCAACGGGAUGCAUCCGGCACCGACGACGCCUCCCACUGUCAUGUACCGAAUGCCACCACCCACGGCGGGUGGCAUAAACGAGCCUCAGGAAUGCCCGUACUGCCGUCGCACGUUUUCAUGCUACUACUCCCUCAAACGCCACUUCCAGGACAAACAUGAGCAAUCGGAUACGCUAUACGUCUGCGAGUUCUGUAACCGUACGUACCGUACGAAGAACUCGCUGACGACGCACAAGAGUUUGCAGCACCGCGGUACCAGCGGCGUGCUGAGGCGACUCCUAAAGGCCACGGCCAUGAAGAAUGUCUUCGGUACCAUGCAACAUCAGAUGCAGAUGCAGCAGCAACCGCAAUGA